GCAGGGUCACGUUGGCCACUGGACCACAGGAUGACAGACCAGUUGGGGUGGGAAGGGACCUCUGGAGACCACCCAGUCCAGCAGCUCUCCCAGAGUAGGCUGCACAGCCAGGCAGGGUUUGAACAUCUCCAGAGAAGGAGAUGCCGCAGCCUCUCCCAGUGCUCCAUCACCCUCAAGGUAAAGAAGUUCUUCCUCAUCUUGAGAUGGAACUUCUUGUGUCACAGUUUGUGCCCGUUGUGCCUUGUCUGGUCGCUGGACACCACUGAAACAGCCUGUCCCCGUCCUCCCGACGCUCACCCUUGACGCUUUUGAUACUCCCCAAACCCCAGGCUCUUUUCUGGGUGACACUCUUUGGGGCAGCAGGGCUUGGUGGGCUCCAAGCUUCCCAACAGCAGCAGAGUCCAAGCUCAUGGUGCACCAAGAGCUGCACCCCCUCCUCCUCCUCCUCCUCCUUCUCCUCCUCGUCCUCCUCGUCCUCAUUCUGUUUUGUGGUCAGGCUACAGGGACUUCCUGGUGUUGCACGCAGCUUCUCACCGACCGUUAGGAAAGAGCUUCUGGUUUCAGAGGAGGGAGACUUCAGAGAGGCUCGCCUGGCACGGGUCCUGCUGGGGUACCACCGGUGGUCCUUAGAAAGGAGGUGAGCACGUAGGAAAGCAUCCGCUGCUGGAAAAUGACACACCUCGAGGAAAAAGAGGCCGUGGUGAGGCACCUGCAGGCAAAGCUCCAAGGGAACAGGAAAGACUCCCCCGAAGCGGGCAGGUGGCCGGAGAGUCGCUCUGCAGCAUCCCCUGCGAUGUCACUGGGACAGAGCCCAGUGCCAGGCUCCAAGGGCGAGCUGCCUCCAGAGCCCCCCUGGACAAGGAGGGUGGACUUCAGCAGGGCUCCUCCGUCUCACAGUAAAGGUCAGAGUGUGGGACAGCAUUCAUCUCCUCGUUCCAUCUGUGAGCCCCCGGGAUGGACGGUGCGACUGAAGAAAGGGAUUUCUCAGGAUGCCAGCUUCCACUCAGCCCCUGCGAAGCCAGGAGGAGGAGAUGCGUUGAACAAGGAGGUGGGAGCCACCUCCCAUCCUCCCCAGAGAAACCCAGCUCAGCAGACAUGGCCACUGGCCAAAGACAAGGGUGCUCCAGUGGUUCCUGCCAAAGGCAUCGCUGCUGCAGCCCCCCUGGAUGCUGCGGGAAGCUCCCGCAGGACGGGGCACCCAGCUGUGCCCCGCAGGAAGCCUUUGCCACACGUCAAGGCGCUGGGAGUGAGGCCGGCCAAGCCCAGGCGCCCUCCUGUUGUUGAUCUGGAGAAGUUUGGUGUGGCUGCACAUCCUGGGACACCCCUCUGUCCUGCCGUGGAGCCACCAAGGAGCACGCAGCUGGGUAAAAAAAGAGGGUACGUUACAUCAGCCCUGAUGCAGUUCCCACCGCAGGAUGCUCCGAGUGUAACGGGGGAUGAAGAUGAGCUGUACGAUGAUGUAGAGCCCGCUGGGCUGCUUGGGAGAGGCAAAGGCUUUCAGCUGUCCCCCAUAUCCCAGCCACCAGUGUAUCGCCACCCCGGAGAAGGGUUUGGUUUUACAGGUGGAGAUGCCGGUCAAGCUUCUAACAGUGUUGCCUUGCUGGCAGCUGCGCAGAGAGAAGCCCAGGUCUCCCGGAAAAUGAAGCCGAUGACGCUCAAGGACUGCAAGAAGGAAGAGAAGGCAGACAGGGAGUUUCAGAAGAAAUUCAAGAUCAAACCAGUCCCCAGGACCAUCGGGCUGGAGAGGGAUCUGUUUCUUCCGAGAAGGUUCGAAGGAAGCAUCAACGUCCUGACUCGGAUGAUGGUCGACCCCGCAGCAACAGAGAAGAGGGGUGGAGGGAAGAACCUGCCACUGCGACGAGGAGAAAUUCUUGAUGUCAUUCAGUUUACAAAUCAGGAGCAAAUCCUCUGCCGAAACAGCCAGAGGAGGUAUGGGUACGUGCCCCGGGCUGUGAUGCUACACCUGGAUGCUGACAUCUACGAUGAUGUUGAGAUUUAUGGUAGGUGCAGAGGGAACUGCUGCCAAAGCCCCUUCACCAAGCACCGGGCACUGCUGCCUGGCAUGGGCAGGCACCAGUGACCCCCACACCAGCACCAGGGCCUCCCCUCCUGCCCCCUUGCCACUUCCCUGCCUUCCCUCUCUCCUUUCCCUCUCUGAGAUUCUUCUCCAACUCUCUGGGACAUCCCUUCCUUGCUCUCAGCUCCCCACAGGUCCUCAUGUUCCUCCAUUCCCAAUUCUGUGGACUUCUCCGUACCCCUUCCCUUCUCAGCUUGCUCUGUCCACUUGCCGCCAGCCCCAGGGACCUUCGAUGUCCUUUGAGAUGUCUCUGGUCCCCCAGGCAACUCGGGGUGCCUUUUCCGGAGCAGUUGCUCACUCCCAGCUUGCAAAUUCCAUCCCCUGGCUCAGAGAUAGCUCUGAAGAUGGGUCUGGAUAGACACAACUGUAUUUUAGCUGUGCAGGAGAGCAAACAUUUUAUCUAAUUCUGCUGCC